AAAGUGAAAAAAAAAUUAGUGAAAAAGAACAAUGAGGGGCACUACUAUACAAGGAGAAGCAUCAUCAUCAUCAAAAGAAAGCUCCUAUGUCCAAGAACAUGGGACAGCAAAGCGCACAAAGCUGUUGAGAAUCACAGGAAGAAGCUUAUUGGGUAUAAUGAUCCUUGUGGGUAUUGGAAUUAUUAUAUGUUGGCUUAUUGUGUUCCCCAAAACCCCAAACCUCACUGUGGAAAGUGGCCAAGUCAUACCUCAUCGUUUAACUGACAGAAAGCUCCAAGCCACCAUAGCUUUCACUGUCAAAAGCUAUAACCCUAAUAAACGAGCCACCAUUCAUAUGGAUUCUAUGAUGAUGAUAGUCACUGACAUGGGUCAGACGUUUGCGUCAGUCAUCCCCAACUUCACCCAACCACCUGGAAAUCAGACCGUUUGGACCUCUGCCAUCCAAGGUAACUUCAUAUACCCAUUUGGGCACAUGAAAGAAUUUGUGAAGGCGGAGGGGAUCAGUCCAGACCUUCGAUUCUCAGCUAAAGUCAGUUACAUUAUGAAGAGAUGGACAUCAAAAGCUCGGAUAUUGGAGAUCUAUUGUGGUGGCCUCAGGCUUAAGUUCAAUGAUUCUACACCUUUUGAUAAUAAAAAAUGCACUGUUGAUCUUUGAAGAUUUCAUCUGGCUGUGUUCGUUGCUCAAUAAUAAUCUCAAACAUUGUAAUUCAAAGUUUAAUUUAAUUUAUUCUGUUAGUUUAAUUAUUUAUCUUUGUUGAAUAUAGAGUUCCUGUAUUUAUUAUUUCUUUUUUCUUUUUUUUUUGUAAUUUUAUGAUUUUUAUUUGAAUAAUAAUGUAGAAGAAUGGUACAUGCAAGAUUUGAGAGAGGUUGAGGGAAUUUGCUUUUGGAAGAGUUGAC